AUGAAAUCCCUUCACAUGAACUACUCAUCGAGUUUUGAGGCGGUAAUAAUCCCAACGAUAACAGCACAACAUCCAAACGUUCGAAUUUCCUCAAGCGCGUGCAAAAUACCAAACAACAUCAAACUUGCAGAUGAGAGUUUUCACGAGCCACAAGGAUUUGAUUGUCUAAUCGGUGCAGGGUUAUUCUUCGACCUGCUCCUUGUGGGUCAAAUUAAAGACGACAACAGGUCACCGAUCUUCCAGAAGACAAAAUUAGGGUGGAUCGUUUCAGGACCAAUUCCAUCCACGAAGUCAGCAUCUUCGCAGACUACAAUAUCAUCUUCAUCGCUUUCAUCAAAAAUAUCAUCGCUUCCUGCCUACAAGACGUUUAUAACAUUGGGUAAUAAUUUAACCCUAGACAAUCUGCUGCAAAAGUUUUGGACACUCGAAGGUUAUACUGAACCAGUUAAAAUGUUCUCAGAGGAAGAACAAGCCUGCGAACGGUUUUUCGAAGCAACAACAAGGCGGUGUCCAACCAGCAACAAAUUCAUUGUACGUUUGCCGUUUAAGGGAAACCCAGAAUCACUGGGCCAGUCAUAUGAAAUCGCGUUCAAAAGGUUAGUAGCACUGGAACAUAAACUACUAAGAAAUCCUUCAAUGUUAACGAAUUAUCGAGACUUCAUCCACGAGUAUGCAGAGUUAGGGCACAUGUCACUGACAGAUAACUCAACACAUAAUCGGUACUUCAUUCCGCACCACUGUGUCAUAAAGGCUGACAGCAGCACCACAAAGCUACGCGUCGUUUUUGAUGCAUCCUACCAGACGUCAAAUGGGAGGUCAUUGAAUGACAUACUUAAA